UCCGGAUUCUAUAUAUACAAAGGCAUCAUCAGUACAGCUUCUUUCAUUUUCUAGCGGCUUCUUGUAAAAGAGAGAUGGCUUGCUUGCAUGAUCACAGCUGCGAAGAACACGAUUGCGCGUCGGACUGGUCUUUGUACAAACACAUCGACAUUUCCAAGGUAUCAGCGCUGAAUGAGUCUGUUGCAGGAAGCGUCGAGUCUGUUUUCAGAUCUUGGGAGCAUCGUUUGAGUUCGUCAGAGGGUUUUUUGGAAAGCAACGAAGGGGAUCCUGAAUUACUUGUUUUUAUCCCGUUUACAUGCGAUGUUAAAAUAAAGAGUAUUUCCAUUGUUGGUGGUGCUGGAGGAACGAGUCCUUCAAAAAUGAGAGCGUUCAUUAAUCGCGAUGGUAUUGAUUUUUCAGAUGCUCAGAGCAUGCAACCUAUUCAGGAAUGGGAUUUGGCUGAAAAUUUGCAAGGAGUGUUGGAAUACCAAACAAGAUACUCUAGAUUUCAAAGUGUGGCCAGUCUCACUUUGCAUUUUCCUGAAAAUUUUGGCGCUGAAACUACUCAGAUAUACUACAUCGGAUUACGAGGUGAAGCUACCCAGUUGAAGAGGGAUGUUGUUGCAACAAUUGUUUAUGAAGUAAUGCCCAAUCCAUCUGAUCACAAGACACCGACCGAAGGAGGGGGGCUUUCCCAUGUUGAGUAGAGUUCCAAGUUAGCAAGUGGCUUCUUGUAAAUAUGACAGGAGAGACCAUUUAUGUUGUUUUUCUUUAUCGUUUCAUAUACUGCAAUGCUGUACUUGUCAUUAUUCACAGCUAUUCAAUGUUGUCUUUUUGUUGCUAUUAAUCAGUAGUAUGCCAAUGUGAGCAUCGGACUGUUUACAAUCACACAGUUAGUGGUUAACCUACAAUCUGAUGGGGACCUUUACCUUUUCUUUUUCUUA